CCCAGCAUCCCCAGCGAGAUAGCUAGAUAACUAGCAAUCCAAGCCGGCUAUUUGAUAAAUAUUUCCUAUAUCAAAUAAUUUGUGGGUGCAAAACCAAUUUCAGAUGAAUGCAUAGGAAACGGACAUUAUUGAUGUUGCGUACCGAAUAGGCCUAUAUCUUCUGGCUAGCAUAAAUGUACCUCAACAACCCUAGUUCAUCGUUGCAACAAAACAAAAACACUAGCUAGCUAGCUAGCUAAUGUUUUUAGCCUUAGUAUAGGCAAAAAUAAACAUGUUUAGCUAACAAGCUAGGUCAUAGAUGAAAGAGUUAGUUAUACGUAUCUCUGACUAGGUAGCUGUGUUUACUAGAUUACAAACUCGUGUACAUCAAGCAAUGUAGCAUGUCAGGGCGAAAGAGGAAGCAAAUAUCAGUACCUGAGUCCGAGGACCAAGUAAACAGGGGCGUGUCACUGAGACAGUUGAGGUCUACCGUCCAUGACCAUGAGAGCAGGGAUGUUAAUGAUGUCAAACCAGGGACAGUGAAGAGUCAGUACUUCUCCAAGGAGGGGGACCCCCAAAGGCUUGGAGAAGAGUUCUUCAACCAGCCCUGUAUCAGUUUGGCUAAAUCAUUCCUGGGCAAGGUGUUGGUGCGUCGGAGCGCAAAUGGCACUGAGCUGAGAGGGAGGGUGGUGGAGACUGAGGCCUACCUGGGAGGAGAGGACAAAGCCUCUCACUCUGCUGGGGGAAAAUGCACUGAGAGGAACACAGCGAUGUUUAUGAAACCUGGCACCAUCUAUGUAUACCCAAUCUAUGGCAUCUACCUCUGUAUGAAUGUUUCCAGUCAAGGGGAGGGUGCUGCCGUGCUGCUGCGGGCUCUGGAGCCCCUACAGGGCCUGCCUCUAAUGAGGCAGUUGCGGGGAGCCAGGCGAAGGGAGGGGGCCCGGCCCCUGAAGGAAAAGGAGCUAUGCAACGGCCCCUCAAAGCUGUGCCAGGCCCUGGACAUACCACGCUGCUUUGAUCGGAGAGACCUAGCCUCAGACCCAGAGGUGUGGCUGGAGAGGGACCCCCAGAUAGGACCACAGGAGUCAGACCUCAAGGAGGUGGUCUCAGCAGCCCGGAUCGGCAUUGACUCUCAUGGGGAAUGGGCCACCAAACCCCUGCGCUUCUAUCUGCGUGGUCACCACUGUGUGAGUGUAGUGGACAAACAGGCAGAGACACAGACUCACUCAAUGGCCAACACUGUUAUAUCAGACUUUGCGUCCUCCUCAGUGGACGUAUGUGAUGGUGGCACAGGACAGAGUUGAAACUAAGAAUAUUUUGGAAUUGUAUCAAACCAUGAUGAGCACAUACUUAAUUGAUGUUUUUUCUUAACUAUAACCAGGUUUUUACAGACAUGAUGCUAGAGCAAGUGAAAACAUUUCAGCUAUCAGUCAUUUGGUCUAGCUAUGGGGAAAUCAUUGCAAAAGACCCAAAGCGAAAAUGUUUGCACUCUGAGGGGAAUCCAGACUCAAUAUAUCAUUAUUUCAAUUUAGAUCCACAUUGUUGCACAAACACAAAUCCCACAGAUAAGGAAUAUGCCAUACUUGUAUGCUACAAAUGAUUAUACUGCAUUCCAAACAUCUGUAAAAUAUUUUAUCUAGCCUACCCUCCCUGCUAUCAAACCAACUAGAAUUUCCAUUCCAGUCAUUCUCAAUCUUCCACCUGUUUUUAAUAAACAUCCUUGCUUGAGAAGUUC